AUGCAUUCUUUACUUACUGUGUUUUAUUUACUUGCUGCUGCUCCGCAUGCAGCUUUUCGUCUUACUGCUGCUGCUGCUGCUGCUGCUGCUGCUCUUGGCGGCGGCAGCUCCCUGCAGCAGCAGCCGCAGCAGCAAAGCAGCAGCAGCUGCGCUGCACCAGCCUUUUCACAGACCCUUAGAGAGUGUAGCAGGAAAAGCUCCGUAGGCAGCAGUGUAGCAGCAGCACGUAUAACAGCAGCAGCACGCGCACCGGCAGCAGCUAGUGCAGCAGCAGCAGGUGCAGCAGCAGCAGGUGCAGCAGCAGCAGGCGUUGCAACUGAGAGCGCAGCCACAGGCACAGCAGCAGCAGGUACAGGGGGAGCAGCUGCAGGCGCAGCAGGUGUAGCAUCGGCAGCAGCAGGUGCAGCAGCAGCAAGUGCAGCAACAGCAAGUGCAGCAGCAGCAAGUGCAGCAGCAGCAAGUGCAGCAGCAGCAAGUGCAGCAGCGACCUUCGCUGCGUAA